AAUAAUAAAAAGAGGAGACACUCGCGCUCCUCUCGUCUGCUUCGCCUCUUUCUGUUCCUCUCGCUCUCAAAAAUACUAUAAGAUGAGUGUGACGUUGGAGUCCCUUUCGGUCUUAAACCCUAACCCUAGCUACGUCUCAUUUCCGUCCAAGAUGUCUACGUUUGUGCCGUCUGUAAGGUUCGAUCCCCUUCUCAGGCCUCGCUUCUGCAGGUUCUCUGUUAUGCCGAAAGCUGUUUCUCCCAAGCUACUUGGGGCUCGUUUUCUCUCUCUUGAGCGACGGAACUCCUGGAAACCUCCGGUUCUAACUUAUGCAGCCUCUCACGAGGAAUCGGACAAUAUAGAUAUUGAAGUAGAGAAGGAUAAGGAAGAUAUCAAAUUGGAUGCUGAAGCCUCAGAAGAAGCUUGGGAGCAAGCUCUAGAAUCUUUCAAAGAACAAGCCUUGAAGAUGCAAAGCAUUUCCCAAGAAGCAUACGAGGUAUACUCCAAGAAAGCAGUUAUCAUCCUAAAAGAAACUUCGGAACAGUUGAAAAUACAGGCAGAAAAGGCAAAGAACGAUUUGAGUGUGAUAGCAAAGGAAAUUAGUGAAGAAGGUAAAGUAUAUCUCACCUCAGCUGCAGAGAAUUCCCCUGAACCAGUGAAGGAGAUUGUGGAGACAUAUACUUCCUCAACCGAUGAUCUGAAUGAAAUUUCAAGAGUCCAUGACUUCCAUGUUGGGAUACCAUAUGGUCUGAUCCUUUCUCUUGGUGGCUUUCUUUCCUUCAUGCUGACGGGAAGCAUUGGUGCCAUUAGGUUUGGUGUUAUCCUAGGUGGUACUCUUUUGUCUUUAAGCAUUUUAAGCUUGAAAUCGUAUGGAAAAGGAGAAACAUUUCCUCUGGGCUUGAAAGGACAAGCAGCAAUAGCAAGUAUAAUAUUUUUACAGGAGAUACGCAUGCUGUCUCAGGCUCCAUCAUUUCUGAGUUAUUUUACAACCUUCAUCAGCGGUGCUGUGGUAGCAUUCUAUGUCUAUAGGAUCCUUCGGAAUCGUAAAAGGAAGAGGGGCUCAAACUUGGAAAACCAAACUGAAAAUUAGUUCGAUUGUGCAAGGAUUAAAUUCUGACGUCAAGCAUUUUACUCGGAACAUUUGUUUCUCUUUUUGGUAAGUGAACAUAUGUUUCCUGUUGGGAGCAGAACCAAAUUUAACCUUUAAAUAUGCUCCAGGAUGAAAGUUUCACUAGACUACGGUAGCUUUCUGAGGACAAAAAUUCUAGAUUUCAGAGGCAUUAUUGUCCAAUGGCUUUGGAGAAUGCUUCGAGCAACAAAAGAGAGCUCCCUCAAAUAUGUUUUGUGCUCGUGUAUUUUUAUGAAUUAAUUAGGAAUAAUAUAGAUGUUGCCAUGAUGUGGUAUACGCGCUCUCUUUGUUUUGGGAGAUGCUUGAAGGCAGUGAUUUUUUUCUCUCCAUCUUUUCCAUGGGUGACCUUUGUUCAUUAUGGGCAUGCCGAGUUCUUUGCUGGUCUCUUAUUAGAUUGUUUGAUCAAAUUCUAUUCUCUUUUCUUUUUCAUCAACUUAUGGGCACGAUGAAGUAUAUGUAUUUCUAUUAAAUAAAUCAUGGUUCACAUC